GGCUCCCGGCCCUGCUCGAGGGCGUCGAAGCCAUGGGGGCCAAGCGCCCGCGCUGCAGCCAGGGGCUGGUGGGCACUGAGGGCAGGGUGGACCUGGGGGGCUCAGCCCCCAUCCUGCACCUCCCCCCAGAACUGCUGGAUCACAUCGUCUCCUUCCUGCCAGUGCGGGACGUGGUGGCCCUGGGCCAGACGUGCCACUACCUGCGCCAGGCGUGCGACAGCGAGGGCGUCUGGCGCCGGGUGUGCCGCCGGCUCUGCCCGCGGCUCCGCCAGGAGGGCAUGGCCGGCGCCCGCCCCUGGAAAAGAGCCGCCAUCCUCAACUACACCAAGGGCCUGUACUUCCAGACCUUCGGGGGCCGCCGGCGCUACCUGAGCAAGUCGGUGGCCCCGCUGCUGUCCCACGGCUACCGCAAGUUCCUGCCCACCAAGGAGCACGUCUUUGUCCUGGACCACGGCGGGACCCUCUUCUUCCUCCGCAACGCCCUGGUGUCCUCGGCCCCGGGCCACCUCCAGUGGAAACGGGCCUGCCGCUGCGUGGCGCUGUGCCGGAACGCCAAGGACUUCACCACGGACCCCCGCAGCGACGCGGGGUACCGGAAGUACGUGUACGUGCUGGCGGCGCGGGAGCCAGCGGCGGGCGCCGGGCGGGCGUGCGACUGCGUGGAGGUCUAUCUCCAGUCCAGCGGGCAGCGGGUCUUCAAGAUGACGUUCCACGCCGCCAUGCGGUUCCGGCAGCUGGUGCUGGUGGGGCAGGAGACGGAGCGGGCGCUGCUGCUGCUGACAGAGGAAGGGAAGAUUUACAGCCUGCUGGUGAACGAGACGCAGCUGGACCAGCCGCGCUCCUACACGGUCCAGCUCGCCCUGCGCAAGGUGUCCCGGUGCCUGCCCCACCUCGCCGUGCGCGCCAUGACCUCCAACCAGAGCAGUGCCGCCUUCCUCACCGUCCAGUCCUGCCCCACAGCGGCCAACCGUCCCUUUCCCCCGCAGAGUCACCACGACCCCCGCAGCGACGCCGGUAACCGAAGAAGGGAGAUUUACAGCCUGCUGGUGAACGAGACGUCAGCUGCGAACCAGCCGCGCUCCUACAACGGUCCAGCUCGCCCCUGCGCAAGCCCACUCGCCUGUGCGGCCAUGACCUCCAACCAGAGCGUGCCGCCUUCCUCAGCGCGACCCCACGUACCCUCCUCCUGCCCGCAGCCCACCUCGCCGUGCGGCAUGACCUCCAACCAGAGCAGUGCCGCCUUCCCUCACCGACAAGGGGGCCGUGAUUUCCGAGGUCACGCGCCGGGGUCUAUCGCGACCUUUCUUCGGGACCCUUCCGCCUUCGAUCCCCCUGAGUCUGCAGAUGCCGCUGGACCCCUGGCGCCUGCCUGCCAAGUUCCUGCUCCUGCGGCCCUCGUGCUACACCACCUGGGGCUGCUGGACGAGUUCGGGCGCCUCUUCAUGCAGGGGAGCAACCGGUACGGGCACGCGGACCGGGGAUCAAAUGAUCGACCGCGGGGAAGCCCACAACUGGUGAGAGCCCCCGUUCACGGCCUCAAGUGCCCCCCAUGGACGUCUGGCGGCCUUGAACCACUCGUGGCCCUGCUGCGGAGCCGGAUCUGGGCCAGGGCUGUGCUGGGCUGCGGCGUAAUGGGUCGGGGGCCGCCCGGCUGGCCAAGGGCAGCGCACUUCGUCAAGCUGCAGGUCAAGUGCCCGCUCUGCGGCAGCCUCUGCUCCACCCGCGAGGCCUCUAUCUGCUUGUCCAGCCACGACAUCGAUGGGGGCCGGCCUACCGCGAGCUGCCCCACCAGCCGGGUGCCCCCCGCCCGGAGAGCCCGGGGCGCCAGUGCCUGCGAGCAGUACCUGCAGCCAGCUGCAGGGCUGCCCCACGCUGUCGGCGGGCUGGCCAAGACUUGA